CACCGCCGCGAAAAUUUCAAACGGAGAGGAGAAGACGAUGGAGGCGCUGUUGGAGGUGUUUGCUUGCCGCGUUCGCGAGCUCAAGCAGGGGCUGGUGUUCCUGCAGGAGGAGGAGGGGGAGGGGAAGGAAGGGGAUGUGGACCUGCAGCAGGAAAGGAGUGGAGACAAGAAGACGAAGAAGGCCAGCAAGAGGCGCAAAGGCGAGCAGCUGCUCGGCGCCUUGUGGGAGCUGGACAAGUCCCUCACAGAACUGGAAGGCAGGAUGGAUUUUGUCGAGUCCAAACUCGAUGAGGAAGAGACGGAGAUGGAGCAAGUGCGUGAGUACGUGACUGCACUGCAGUACCAGAACGAGCGCGCACACGAUGCCCUCGAGAAUCUUCCAAAAGGCGUGCCAAACCCUCCCAGCAAAACGAAGAGCAAGGAGAGCGCCAAGGUGAACAACGCGCGCGUGCUCCAGCCAACACAUCAGAACCACAGCGCACAACAGAAGCAGCAGCAGCGCAAGCCCGCCAGCAGCAGACAGCCACUCGCGCCCAUCACCAAGACAGAGUUUGAAACACUCAACCCUGCCAUCCGCAAGAGACUGAGCCUCGACCGCAUGAACGAAGUCGUGGAGGGCAUCAAAGCUACCAUGUCGGCCACUCACAAGGGAAAGAAGUCCAACUACAAAGGGUUCACGCGCACGGAUUUCGUCAUGCAUUCCGGUGUUGCCGCGCGCGACCUGGCACGAUACAUGGGCGCUCUCAAGUCUCUUGAUCGCAUCACAGAAACACACGCAAGCGGCAGCACAACAUACCUACCAACAUUUGCUUGAAGCGCACGCACGCGUGUGUGUGCGUGUGUGUGCGU